AUGACUGAACAGACUUCGGGGAAAUCAAAUGGCCCCUCACCAUUAGCGUGUCUACCGUGUCGCCAUAAACAUCUCAAAUGUGAUGGCAAGAUCCCCAUUUGCGGCCGUUGCGAAGUCAAUGGCCAGCCUUUCCAGUGCGAGUAUACCAAAUCUCGAAGAGGCUACAAGGGUCCAUCCAAAAAGCGCCGCGCCAACCCAGAAUCCCCGGAGCAGUUGCCGGUCGAUCCCACCAUGGUCAACCCCGUGGAUUGGAAGAGCAUGCAGGCAGGCUAUGGCUAUGCGCCUGCCGUCCCAUUCCUCUCGUCGGGGUCAAACAGUCCCGGGUUUUACGAUCUUUCGAUGUCAAUGUCGCAACCUGCUCGCCCGGUUAGCGAUCCGUUAACUCCGGACUCCUCCUCAUCCGCCCCCAGCAGCGAUGCCUAUUUGAUCGAUAUAUACUAUAAUUAUUUCCACGCCGCACAUCCAAUCCUGCCACCCCAUCGGUACCUUAAUCGCAUCUAUCUCCCCGUGUAUCUGGAACAGGUGAUGAAAUUUGUGGGCUCCCACUUUACCUCAGCGGCCUCGAGCGAGACAUACCGCCAAAAUGUGGUCUCGGUGGUUCGAGAACAGGACCCUACCGUGGAAAAGGUUCAAGCACUGCUCCUGCUAGCAAUUGUAUUACACUCGCGCAACGAGCGUGCGGAGGCUGGCGAGUGUCUUGCCUCCGCAGUGGACCUGGCCUUUGAGCUUGGCAUGCACCAGCAAACUUUCGCGGUGAUUGCCAGCAAUGGAGAUCCGAUUCGGGCCGAGUCUUUGCGGCGCACUUGGUGGGACCUGUUCGUCAUUGAAGGUUUCUUGACUGCUCUUGGUGUGCAAACUGAAUUCCGGACCAACUCAGUCCCGCUUGAAGUGCCACUUCCCUGUGAGGAGCGCAUCUAUCAAGAUUGUCUGUUCCCUCCGCCGUCCCCGACUAUUGAGCAAUUCGACCAGCGUGUUUUUGCAGACGAGGAGUUACAUUUCUCCUCCUACUGCUACCGAAUUGAAGCAAUCCGCAUCCUUGGUCGUGUGGUCGCGACGCAGAACAUGACCGAGGGUCAACAGGAUCAUGUAGAAGCUAUCGAUGCGCGUAUUGGUAGCUGGGGCCAUCACUUGCCGGAGUCCAAGGAAGAGCUUUUGCGCCCGGACGGCACCGUGGACGAGAUCAUGUUCCAGGCGACCAUGAUCUUGAACGGCGCAUCCAUCUAUUUAAACUUCCCUCGGUCCGACCUUCUCUCAUCCCCCGCCGUUGCCGCGGCUGUCAUCUGUGGUGGUUCUGGGCCCAUCAGUGUGCCGGCAUUCUCCCAUAACGAGCAUGCCAUGAAAGCAGCCAAAGCUGCCCGAGAAUUAUCUCGACUUGCCUCAUUCCGUCUGCCCGUCAUCAAACACACUCCCUUUUUCAUCUGUGCCCUUACGCUCAGUUCCAUCGUUCAGUUGGCCGCUUGCUCCGUCAAGGCGGGUCAGAUGCCCGACCCCAGUCGUGACCGUCUCACGUUGACAAUUGGUGUGUUCAAGUCGUUGGCUCGCACUUGGGCCAUCUCGCAGUCCAUCAUGAGGCAGAUUAAGGCUGUUUCACGGGAUGUCAUGGAAAUGGGUCUCCGUCCGACGAUGGCAAUGGACUCACUGUAUCUGUCCACCAUGCUGGACAAUAGUCAAUUUUGGGUUGAUCAGGGCCCCAGCUGA